AGAGCAGGUGGAGGUGGCGAGGGGCUGAGCGCUGCCCCGCUGCUGCUGCUGCUGCCAUGGAGGUGCUCCGCAUGCUGCUGGCCUCCGCCCUGCUCCCGCUCCUGCCCCCCUCUGGAGCCUCCGUGCCCACGCUGGCGCCGCCGUUGACCAUGGUGGUGGACGGGCAGCACCGGCAGCUGGUGGUGUGCGUGGUGAGCGACGUGCCGCCCGGCUCCGGCGACGCCGUCUGGAUCUCCAGCGGGAACGGCAGCGCCCUGCAGUCCUUCACCUACGGGGCCUCGCCGGAGGACGGCGGCACCGUCUGCGCCGUCUCCAUCCUCCCCGAAAGCCCCCCAGACGGUGGGCUUCUGGCUUGCCACGUAGGGCCCAACAGCACCGCUCCGGCCCGCAGCUCCAGCCCCGUCCCCGUCACAGGAAGGGGUUUGUGGCUGGCCCCCAUGUGCACCUGCCGCCUCCUCCCCAGCUGCUCCCCGUCCCGCAGGCAGUGAGGAGGCAGAGCUGUGCCCCAGCGCCACCAUCGGGCCUCGUGCCUGUGCCUCCGCCGCCCUGCUGGCGGCCGCCCGCGUGGUGCUGCUGAAGGUGGCUCUCCUCGACGCC